AUGGCUACCACCGUAAGUACUGUAACUACUGCUAUUCCCACCACCUCCACGCCAACGAUGCACGCCGCCGAGGAGGGCGAAGAAAACGAGGAAGAAGCACUACCGCCGACUCGAAGAAAAAAGUCAAUUCAUUACAUCAUGCAGUCGAGGGAUAAAGACAACGAAUACUUGAAGGAGUUCAUACACAGCGAUUUAUGCGUUGAGUUUCAAGAGAAAGCAGAGUGGAGGUCUUGGGCGUGGAGCAAAAAAACGUCGCAGCUUAAAAAAGAAAUCGUUGAGAGUUACGCGGUAGCAAAGAACGUUGAUGUUGUUCUGGCAGCCAUGCAACGAGCUGGAAGGGAACGGAGUGAAAAAGUUGUCUUCUUCGACAUGGCGAGUGGGAAAGGAUUUACGUCCAUCGUUUUGGCAAAAAAGUUUCCAAGUUCGACGGUACACAUGCUUGAUAACAAUAAAAACAUGAACCUCUCUCAUUUAGACGCGGUGCCGACCGUACAGUUCAAAAAUAUUGAUCUGUUUUCUGAAGAAGCCGAGAGUUUGAUUAUGGACGCUCUCAUCGAGCACGACGGCUUUGGCGUUAUGGUUGGAAUGCAUUUGUGCGGUAAUCUCAGCCGGCGUGCGAUUGAAAUGUGGACAAACAUAAUGACAAAAGGUGAAAAGUUGCGCGCAAACUCCUUCAACCUGGGAUUGGUUCUUUCUCCGUGCUGUUUGCCUCACAAAGUUAGAGUUCCGAAGAGGAAAUAUAAUGAUUUCGGGUACUGGAUUCAAUCGACGCAACGACAAUUCGGAAUUGAUGGAUACGAUUUAUGGGCGACUUCGUUGUAUAAUCUCGUUUGCUCUCACGUGGGACAUACCAUGCGCUCAACGCAGAAAAGAUUUUUCCGGGAUGAGAACUUGUUAUCGCCCACGAAUUGGUUUAUUUUAGUGACUCCAAUGGAAGCGAAACGCAACGACAUCUGUCAACCGUGCGUGUGA